ACAGCCCCCCAUAAUCAGUUGCUGCUCAUGCUGGGAAGCUCCGAACAUGCCAGCUUUCGCCUGCUUCCCGAGUUAACCCGCCCCCUGUAUACACAGCGACUCAGGCCAAGCCCUUUCACCGCGGACAGGCGCUGUUCGCCGGACUCUGAUGAGAAAUUGAGCCGCGAUGGAGUGGGUCGUGUCUCCGGCGGAGGAGCAGAGCCGCGCAAACGACAACACAAAUCUCUCUGCGCACUCACAACAACUACACGAGGCAAGUGCGGAGAGCAUGGCAUCUCUCUGUGAGAGCCAGCAGCAGUGUGUGAAGGCCUCUAUCGUGUCAAGUUGGCAGCUGGUGGAGGCGCAGGACCAGCUGUGUGGUCUAGAGCUGCAUGGCUCUGAGUCAGCUGAACAGGCCCGAGCCCGGGCCCUGGCCUCCUCCGCACACCUGUCUCAGUCUGAGGAGGAGUGGAGGAGGAAGGAAAGCAUGCUGGGAGGCUUGGAGUCUCGAUGGAGCCCUGUGCCUGGGGCAGAAUCUGGUCAGAGUGGAUUCGACAAGAGCAUCAUAAGUGAUUCCCAAUCAAAGGGGAAUGAACCAGAUUAUGACAAGAGUUUAACAUUCGUCCAGCGUCAUGAGCAGCACCUGAAACAUUUUGGCAUGCUGCGGAGAUGGGACGACAGUCAGCGUUUUCUAGCGCAGUUGCCCCACCUCAUCUGUGAGGAAACGGCCAACUACCUAAUCUUAUGGUGCUUCCGCCUUCAUGCUGAAAAAAAAGAGGCUCUGAUGGAGCAGGUGGCUCACCAGGCCGUUGCCAUGCAAUUUAUCCUGGAGAUGGCCCGCAAUGUGCAGCAGGACCCACGUGGCUGCUUCCGUCAGUUCUUCCAGAAAGCCAAAGCAGGACAGGAGGGAUAUUUGGACGUCUUCCACACUGAGCUUGAGGCCUUCAAACAGAGAGUGAGGGAGUAUGCGGUGAAGUCUAAACUGGACACCCCAAAAACUCCUGAACAGCACUACACUCCAUCCAGCUGCUGCCUGGACCCCAAAGAGGUUCUGGAGUCUCUGCCUCCUGAACUGAAGGCGUGUAUCCAGUCGCAAGACAUGCACAUUCUCCAGAACGUUCUUAGCACCAUGAAUCCACAGAUGGCAGAGUAUCAUAUCAAACGGUGCUUAGAGGCGGGGCUAUGGACGCAUCCUGGACGAGGCCCAAAAGAGGAGGGCUCAGAAACAGAAGAAUUCAGAAUGAUGGAGCUUUCCUAGCAUGUCCAGCUCAUAUACUAAACCUUUAUGUCCUUGACUGUGUUCAGGCUUUGGACUACAUUAAGGUGACACUGCUGAGUUUGAUGUAGUCUCCAGCAGAAGCUACAUUCUAACAGGUAAUUAAAUCUGGACCUUGAAUCCA